GACGACCGGCAGCCAAACAGAGAGAAGGGGAGACACUGAAGAGACGCUUCACUGUGUGUUUUUUUUUUUCUCUCUCUCUCUUUACUUCCUCACUUCCCUCCAUGGGAGGUUGUGAAAGGGCAGAACAGAGAGGGAGACACAAAAUCAGAGAGACAAAGGGGGCAAAGCCGAGAGGAUGAAAGCGAAUGUGAGUGUGUGAGUGACUCUGUGGGUAACAUGCUCUGUCAUGCUGGUGUGACUACCGCUGCCUCUCCGACCGGCGUCGCUGGCUGUCAGGAAAAGGAAUGUUUUCCGGAGAAAUGAGCCCCUGAACCGGUUCACCAUGUGGAUGUGGGACAGCAAUUUCCAAACCUUUGCCGGAAGAAUCCCACGGAAAAAAGAGCAGCGGCCGGAGAGCUUAGCUGGUCUUGCUGGGUGGCCGCCUGUGUGCUCGCACUGCUGAGACUCUCUUACUUAAAAAACUGAGUUAACUCUGAGCUUAAGUGUGCUUCCAGUUCCUUCUAGUUCAUGUUUCUUUUUUUAGUCACCACUUUUAUUGGGAUUUUUAUUUACCCUCUGGAACUCAGUGGAUUUUAUGGUGCUAUAUAGUUAGAUUUUUAACAUUGCCUUGUUACAUAUAGGCCGGCUCUUUUUGUAAUCAUGCCCUAGGACCAAACACGUGAGGCUGGAAGUUCAGAAGGGGCUCUUUCACCGGAGGACUGCUCUGAAUGUGUGCAUCACACCAGUGAACUUUACUAUGGAACACUGUAUUCUGUGCUGGGGCCUACAGAUAUUGGGGGGCAGUGUCUGUGGAGCUAAAUAGGUAGGGGGACGAAAAGUUAACAGGAAGGGCAAUCAGUCCUGAAACAACAUCGGUAUGAAGCCUGGGCAAUGUCCAGGUGUCCCCAGCGAUAGGUCCAUGAUGCACCUCAGCCAUUUUCCUUUUAGGAGGCACUCCUGGAUAUGUUUCGAUGUGGACAAUGGCACAUCAUCAGGUCGAAGCCCCCUGGACCCCAUGGCCAGCCCGGGCUCAGGCCUCAUCCUGCAGGCCAAUUUUGUCCACAGCCAACGGAGAGAGUCGUUCCUGUACCGCUCUGACAGCGACUACGACCUCUCGCCUAAAUCUAUGUCCCGAAACUCCUCCAUUGCCAGUGACAUUCACGGUGACGAUAUGAUUGUAACGCCAUUUGCACAGGUUCUUGCAAGCUUGAGAACUGUACGAAACAACUUUGGUGCAUUAACUAAUCUUCAGCAAGACAGAGCAUCCAAUAAGAGAUCACCCAUGUGUAACCCACCACCCAUCACCAAGACCACCUUCACAGAGGAGGCCUACCAGAAACUGGCCACUGAGACCCUGGAGGAGCUGGACUGGUGCCUGGACCAGCUGGAGACGCUGCAGACAAGACACUCCGUCAGUGAGAUGGCCUCUAACAAGUUCAAGAGGAUGUUGAAUCGGGAGCUGACUCACCUAUCAGAGAUGAGCCGCUCCGGGAACCAGGUGUCUGAGUUCAUCUCCAGCACCUUCCUGGACAAGCAACAUGAAGUGGAGAUGCCAUCCCCUCAGACGCAGAAGGAGAAGGAGAAGAAGAACAAGCCCAUGUCUCAGAUCAGCGGGGUGAAAAAGCUGCAACACUCCUCCAGCCUCACAAACUCCAAUAUCCCUCGCUUUGGGGUCAAGACCGAGACCGAGGACGAACUUGCUAAGGAAUUGGAGCAUGUGAAUAAAUGGGGCCUUAAUGUUUUUAAAAUCUCAGAAUUCUCUGGGAAUCGGCCACUGACAGUCAUGAUGUACACGAUAUUCCAGGAGAGAGACUUGUUGAAAACUUUUAAAAUUCCACUUGACACCUUUAUAACAUACCUGAUGACCUUAGAAGACCAUUACCAUGGCGAUGUGGCCUACCAUAACAACAUCCAUGCUGCUGACGUCACCCAGUCAACUCACGUGCUGCUAUCCACCCCUGCCCUCGAGGCCGUGUUCACAGACCUCGAGAUCCUAGCUGCCAUCUUUGCCAGUGCAAUUCAUGACGUGGACCAUCCUGGAGUCUCGAACCAGUUCCUCAUCAACACCAAUUCAGAGCUAGCGUUGAUGUACAAUGACUCGUCAGUGUUGGAGAAUCACCAUCUAGCGGUUGGUUUCAAGCUCCUACAAGAGGAGAACUGUGACAUCUUCCAAAACUUGACCAAAAAACAAAGACAAUCACUGCGAAAGAUGGUCAUCGACAUCGUGCUAGCAACAGACAUGUCCAAGCACAUGAAUCUACUGGCUGAUCUGAAAACAAUGGUGGAGACCAAGAAGGUGACCAGUUCUGGAGUCUUGCUGCUGGAUAACUACUCUGACAGGAUACAGGUUCUCCAGAACAUGGUGCACUGUGCAGACCUGAGCAACCCCACCAAGCCUCUGCAGCUGUACCGGCAGUGGACGGAUCGCAUCAUGGAGGAGUUCUUCAGCCAGGGUGACAGAGAAAGGGAGAGGGGCAUGGAGAUCAGCCCCAUGUGUGACAAACACAACGCCUCAGUAGAAAAGAGCCAGGUUGGAUUCAUAGACUAUAUCGUUCACCCCUUGUGGGAGACGUGGGCUGACCUGGUCCAUCCGGACGCCCAGGACAUCCUGGACACGCUGGAAGACAACAGAGAGUGGUACCAAAGCACCAUCCCCCAAAGUCCCUCCCCUGCGUUGGACGAGCCCGAGGACGGCACUCGGCCCCCGGGAGGGGACAAGUUCCAGUUUGAGCUGACCCUGGAGGAGGACGGGGAGUCGGACACGGAGAAAGACAGCGGCAGCCAGCCAGAGGAGGAGGAAGAGGAGGAGGAGGAGGAAGAGGAGGAAAACAGCUGUACUGACUCUAAAACGCUCUGCACGCAGGACUCUGAAUCCACGGAGAUUCCUUUGGACGAACAGGUGGGGGAGGACGAAGACGAGGAGGAGGAGGAGGAGGUUGUUGUGGAGGGGGGGGCGCCGUGCUGGUCGCCGUGUUUUGUUGUGGAGGAAGUAGUAGCGGAGGAGGAGGAGGAGGAGGAAGAGGAGGAGAAAGAGAAAUCCCCCGACACAUAGCAGUUCACGGACAGCAUCUGAUUAACUGUUCUUCUUAGUAAUGACAGAUGAUUAUUUAUAGAAUAUUUUUUGGGUUUUGUGAAAUCUGUCUGUGUUUUUAUACAUCUAUGUUUAUGGUUCCAAAGCGUGUGCUGCUCUCCACCUUGGCCACUCCUCCCGUCAGCUUCGUUCAGACACGCCCUCACCGGUACUACUUCAAGUUUUUUUGCACUCAGGAAAACUCCUUUCCAUUCCCAUUUGUACUGAAGUGGUGUGUCUUUAUUUCACUUUUACACCUCCCCCUCCCCUCCCCCUUCUUUUACAAGCUUAAGUUUAGGAUGUGGACGAGCAGUUCACGGUCUGCUCAGUGCUGUUCAUAGGGUUAGAUCACACUUCUUUCUGCUUCGUCUCAGCCUUGCCUGACAGUCUGGCGGUGUUUUCUGUGUUUUAUUAAGUGCCCAUACUCUACAGAGACGGUGUGUUCAAGGAGAAUCUCCCUCUCGGUUAGGUCGUAACCUCCCCCGCUACGAAUUAGGAGGCGUUCCGCCGAAGGUUUCCGCCGAAAAACCCGACGGGACGCCGCAGAGACGAAAGCUGCAGCACACUGGGGGAGCUUCUGGAGACACAUUUCUGGCGUGGAAGUCUUCCUUGAAAAACCUGACUGACACAAAGCUCAAAUCUAAACAGCCAUGACGCUGUCCUAGACCUCUUUAAUUUUUGUAUCGUACUGUAUGUAAGAUUCAGAUAUUUUCUAGAAUUUACUUUUGCAAACCUAGGCUUUGUUUUGUUAGAAAAGACGAGAGAACUUUUGGAAACGGGGGGAGAAAUGUGUCACAUGUAUACAGUGUUCUGAAGGGGGGUAUCUUUACAGCUGGACUAGGAGUGUUUUGAGCUGUUUGCACUUGCUCCAAUAGCAUUUACAAGUUAUACUACUUAUUCCCAUGCCACUAUACUCAUAUUUGGUUGGUCCUGUGAGUUGAAAUUUGGAAUUUAUUCCUCUUGUUUUUUUUUUUUUUUUUUUUGGUUUUUUCCGUUGGGGGGGAGGCGGGACCCGGCGGCUUCCUUUUCCUUGGAACCCGUCACGACGUGGAUGAAGCCUUUAAAUUUUUAUUAUUGUUGCCUGCAGUUCUUUUGAACACAUCCUGAGACAAUGCAAUGCUUUGUAGUUGAUACAACAAGCACCUUUUUUUAGAAGCUUGAUUAGUAGUGCUCCAAGUAUACAGAAAUAGUAAUGGUGUUACAAAUUACAAGGGUGAUUUUCUACCAAUGUUAUGAAAGCGUUUUGUUUUCUAUUUUUCUUGCCCAUUUUAUUUGAUGUACACAUCACUCAACAACAGCUACGCGCAUGCUUGUCUUCAGCCAUCUCAUUUUCUGUUAUAGGAGUUUAUUUUUCCAUCGUUUGAUUUGCCAUCGCACAGCAAAAUCCAGUCUUUGUUUCUGACAAGACAAUCAGCUCCGUAGUCAUCAGAUAAGACUAUCCUCUAGGUAGACACUCUAAUGCACUGAUAUAUUCAUAUAUCAUCACUUUAAUAUGUUUUAAACUCGCCAAAACACUCACUCCUGCACACACAGGCUUGAACAUUGUUGUGCUACACCUCGGCCAAGAGUUUCUUCCUUUUUUUUUUUCCACAUUUCUAUCACUUCUCACCUGAUGCUAUUAUUUAUUGGUAUAUUUUUUUUCUAUUUGUUGAGUUUUUUUUUGCGGUAUAAAGGUGGUACAGUUAAUAUUUCACUGUAGCAUAGACCACAGUACAGGCUUGCCAGUUACCCCGAAUAUAUUUUCUCCCCCUCCUGUGUACAUAAAAUAUAAAAGAACACCUGUAAGAAAAAAAAAGAAAAAAAAAAAUCCCGACUUGAAAUACUGCACACUGCUUUUCUAAAGAGUGCUUGUUUGAAUUAUUUGUCAUUUU